GUUCAGUCAGCUGUAUGUUGUGAGCUGUGCUAGCUGUGCUGUUAGUAGUUAGCCUGUCUGCUAGCGUGCUAGGUUAGCUGGUGUAAGUCCUGUCCUUGACUUGCUCAACAUAUCCUGAGAUACUGAGCAACUGCAGCGACCUUCUGUCAGUCAAAUAUCCCAGAAUAAUCAUUACCAGCUUUACAGCUGUCUGUCUGUCGUUUAAAAGGCAUGCUUUCAGAACUUCAUUUUUCCUGUCUAAGAAGAUUUAACAUACGGGAUGUCAGUGUGCACCUUACUGCGUAUGAGGAUUGGUGGAAGAUGCUGUGCUGCUAAUGUAUUUCAAAAAAGAGCUUUGUCGGGGGCAGAUGCUGUAAAUGCACUCCGACCCUUUUACUUUGCUGUGCAUCCUGACUUCUUUGGUCAGCAUCCAAAAGAAAGGGAAGUGAAUGAAAACUCUCUAAAAAGGUUAAAUGGCUACUUAGAGAAUCUUCAAAAGCCAGGCAUGCGGUCACUCAAACCUACAAAGCUCACUUUUUAUGUCCGGGACACAAAGGAGAAAACAGACAGCGAGAGUAACCUGCUGCCCUCUGGUUUCCGGUCAGUGACUUUCACUUUGCAGUCUAAGGAUGUCCUGAGCACAGUGAUGGAAGUGUUGAAGUCCUGUAGUUUGUCAGUGGAGCACAUGCAAGAACUGCUCAAAGCCAAAGCAGAGAGUCAAAACUCAACACAGCAAGGGGGAAUUCCUUUUUAUCGGCCCAUAAAAUGGGACAAGACGUACUACAGCUUCACAGGUUUCAGAGACCCAGAACAAGAGAUGGAGCAGGCCAAGAAAAUGGAGGCUACUCUCAGUUCGUGGUUGCAGAACAAUGAACCAGAGGCCACGAAGAAGCAGAAUGCGAGUGUACCCCGGCGGGCAGAGCUGAAAAGACUGAAGAGAGAGCUCAUUGAGAAACUGGGCCUUGUUGAUAUCAGGUGGCAGCGCAAAUGGGGAGUUGCACACAGGUGCUGUCAGCUGCAGAGUCUCAGUCGUCUGGCAUUGCAGAGCCCAGAAGCCCUGCUUAAUCUGAGAGGACACACAGUAAUUUUCACUGACCAGUCAGGAAUGAAUGCCUCAGGCCAUGUGAUGCUGGGAACAAUGGAUGUGCAUCAUCAGUGGACAAAGCUUUUUCAGAGGUUACCUAGUUACUGCAGUCUGUUCCAGCAGACUGUGUUGCUAAAAGAAAGGAUCAGUUUCCUGUUAGGGGCAAUCCAGGUAAUCCAUAUGGAGCGUGUGGGUCCAGUUCUGCCUCUGGAGGAGCAUUAUAGAACUCUCAACAACUUCCACAAAAGACUGCUACCCCACCGACUUGCCCUGCACCCCCGCAGCCUACAGGGCCUCACCAUGACCCUGGAAAAUGACAGUUCCACUCCCAGGCUCCAUGAGAUGGGUCACUUCAUCAUCCCUACAAUGUGUGAUCCCGCCCACCUGCAGAACUUCCUGCAGAGCCACGCCCAGGAGGCCCGCAGACGCAUCCAGCGCAAGGACCAGUUAGAAGCUGAGGAGGAGAACGUGAUGUCCAACUGUGUUCAGGACCUGUCCCUGCGCAGCCUGUCCAAAGAGCCCAGUGUGUCCACCAGUCAGAUGAUCCCCUGUUGCAGACGCCUGAUGGAAGAAAGGUCCCCUCAUAUGCAGGGCCUGCACCUCCGCGUCUCGCACUUCUACUCGGUCAUGCAGGACGGAGAUCUCUGUAUACCCUGGGAUUGGAAGGGCUGAUGCACACUGCACAUUCACAUACCUAAAAAAACACUGAAAGUCUUUGGGCAGCAAGACCUUUAACACAUGCUGCCAUAUAGAAGUGCAGGGUUGUAGAGAUAUGCCAACUGGUUCCUGAUGCAAAUGGCAGGUGGUUUGUUUUGAAAGCAGUUGAGUGAAGGGUGCUUGUGCUGUAAAUCAGUAUAUUGAUUCUGAUGAGUUUAAUGUGACUUUGAAAUGAAGCACUUAGUCUAAGGAUUCAGUAAGUUGUGGUUAGCCACAUGCUGUUUAGCGUGUUGUUUGUGCAAUCACUGCAUUUGCAGUCUCACAAGAAAGAGCCUAAAAUGGUUAUUGGAUGUAAAACAUCCUUUUAUUGUGAAUUAUCAGAUUAUUACUUUUCUAUGACUCAACAUUGUGAUCCUCUAUUGUACUUCAACUUCCAUGUUUUCCUGCCAGAUCUCUGAAAGGAGGUAAUAGCUUUUCAGUACUCAUGUAGUAUACUGCCUGAACACAUUGAAUGCAAUGUGUGUAACGCACUUGUUUUCCACUAGAUGGAAGUCAUCUACAGUCUUCAGGUAACUUGCCUAUCAGACAAACAACACUAAUUCCAUUAAAAGUUCUAAAUAUUUAACAGUGAAUAAUGUGUGUGUGUGUGUAUAUAU